AUGGGGCGGCCGACGAAGUACGGGAAUUCCCUUUUUUGGACGAGCGCGUGGACUCAUCCGCCCAAGCGAGGAAACAAGCUCUUCCCUCAGCCACUCAUGAUCCUCUGCAAGGUACUUCCUCUUCGACGACCCGUGUUUGUUAGAAACGUCUAUACUUCCUCUUCAUCGCGUGGGUCCCGCAGGGCCCGCACAUACGGUUCGCCGGCCAUAUCUGACCCGCCGUCCGAUCCUUCAAGUUCAUCGCAGCCAUCAAUAUCCCUUGCUCAUCCAAAGGAUCCCGCUCUAUCUGGCUCUAGCAGCAGCGUCCCUCCCAGUUCUUCCACAUCCGAUCAUCCACCCUCGCGUGAUGCCGACCAAGGUCCAAGUGCGAGCUCGUAUCUCCCACCUCCUGAGCCGCCUGUUCCACACCUCCCGGGCUCGGCGCUGCCUUCACCGCACCAUCCCGAAGAACUAACCUCGUUUGGCCCGUAUACCACUCCGCCCUUUAAUACACACAAAUUCUUCCGCGAGAUCGAGUUGUGGUUUCCCGAGCCCACCGCGCGCACCCUCAUGCGCGCGACGCGUGCUCUUCUUGUGGAUCGGUUGGGUCGCGUCCGGCGUGAAGCGCUUACCACUAAGGAUCUCGAGAGUCAAGCAUAUCUGUUCAAGGCGGCUCUGUCGGAACUGCGCACUGAGACUACGAUGCUCACGCGGAAUGAGGCCGCUGCGAUGAAGACCGCGACAAGCGCGCUUCGCCGAGAGGUGGACACGCUCAACGGUCGCAUGAAGGAGGACAUCAAUGCACUCAAGCAUGAAAUCCAGAUGGAACUGGAUAGCCGGAAGAACGAAUCGAAGAACGAAUCGAAGCAGUUUGACAUCAUAGUCGAGGAGGUACUGAACAAAUCCCUUGUCUCACUUUCAGACAUGCGUACAGACAUGGAGGAAGUCCGUUGGGACAACCUCCGCAAGUCGGUCGCCGGACUCUCUGGCUUCCUACUUGUGAUUGUCCUAGCCAUGGAAUUAUUGAAAUAUCAACCUAAGCCACGUCCGCCAAAGCAGUCAUCUCCAGAACUCCCAACCUUUCAGCCGGAGCUUGUUGAGGCUACUCAGGUUUGGACUCCAUAA